GUAAACUAAAGUAUAUUUAGUCUUUAGAAGAAAACAGUAAAUUACAUACAAAACGAUUUAAUAAGCAUUCCCUAAUAACAAAAAAGAUAAUCAUAUAAUCCACAAAUAUAUAUAAACAAAAAAUAUAUCACAAUUUGGAACUUGUUUACGCUAAAGAAAAAAUAACAAAUGAUAUCACUUGCGAAACUUUCUAUAUUUAGCUUUGUAUUGUGGUCCUGGAAAUACCCCAACUACGUAACUGAACUAGGUACAUCAUGGAUUAAUGGAACUAGCCAAAAUGACACCUUAGGUGUGAGGAUUAGUAGAUCAUUAAGGGGUGAAACUUAUAUGGCAACAGCACAACAAAAUAAAAUUUCCGGUAAUACUAAUGAAGUUAUCCGUAAAAGCAACGAGGUAGCCAAAAUGUCUGGAAGAUUAGAUUCAAGGGUUCAAUCAAGAAGGCCCCCAAACAUGAAAAAUACGGAACAUCGUGAAAAAAUAGGAAUUAAAUGCAAAGGAUUAUCUAAAAGAGUGGCAUAUUCUAGGCAUAAAAAGAAAUCAUUAUUAUUCCUCGUAUUGACCUUUUCAAUUUUUUUUCCAUUAGCUUUGGCUUGUUUAGGCCUGAUUGUCGUUGAUGUUUAUUAUGAUUGCUAUGCUCAGUGGAAUAUAUGGAAAGGAAUAGUUCCAGCAUUCAUAGUAUUGGUCUACUUGUGGGUGUUCAUGGGAUACUACCACCCAGUGAAAUGGUUUAAUACUUACAAAAAAAAUAUUAAAAUACAAAACAUUCACAAAAAAUCACAAAAAUAG